GAGGAUAGUAUAGAUGAAGGCAUAGGCUACACAGUAAACCAGUCGCAAUUCCCGCGUGAUAAGGAAUUGAACGAGGUCUUUGGUAGCAGUGAUGGCCUUAGGGCAUCUGGCCAGCGUCUGAAGCGUGCAGAUCGUGAAAGCAAGUUCUCCGUUAGCGGAAGUGCAAAUAUUGGCUUUCCAAGUGGUUAUAGUGGCCUUGAGUGGGACUUCGUACCUGACAACGCUCCCAUCUGUCGCAAGCCGAUCACUACAGGUCAGUACUUCGCGCUCGAUCCUGCCAAGAGCAGCCGCGGCGAUAUGGGUCUUUCGGAACAUUCUGCAUCCACCGAAGAAAUAACUGCCAUCUCCGUCGAAAAAGUUGAGGAUAAACUGACUAAACUCGGUAUAGGGCAUGACCGGUAA